ACUGCUUUCGGUUGCGUAUAUCGCCUAUAUAUCGUCUAGAAUCAAUAGUCAAUAGUCAGUCUGAAGAUCUUCUUUAUUGAAUCUUAUGGAUUGGAAUUCCAUUUUACUUUCCUAAUAAGUUGGAGUAGGUACAUAUAUCCAAGUUGCCUUCUUUUUGGCCAACUCACCUUGCAACUUCCCUUUGAAGAUUGAUCUCAAAAGUUUGGAAUAUUCUGUAUAUUCUCCUUCUGAUUGAGCUCAUUGAAACAUUUCUUCUUUUGAGUUUUGAUCAGUUGAUAAAAUUCUUUCUUGAAUAUAUUUUUUGUUUACAUCUUGUUGGGUAACCAAAUUGCCUCGAAAUCAAUUUGGUUCUUAUCAUUAUGAUGGAUUAUAGUGUCGUCAGGCUCUCCACGUCAGUCAUGAAUUGGUCGCUCAGCUUUUCACUUCAUUUGCUCGUCUACUGGCUAUCGAGUAGUGCUGUCCAAUCCCAUCAUAUUCUGGGACUCUUUGUCAAUGUGCAUCGUUCCCAGCUAUUGGUUCAUUUGGCAGUGGCUCGGGUACUUCUUCAACGGGGUCAUCAAUUGACUCUGGUUACCACAUUGCCCUUGGAUGAUUUGGAUGAAGAAUUUAAGGAGAAUGUGACUCACAUUUUGGUGGACUGGCAGUCUUCUCCAGAGGAAAAACUAUCCUCUAACGAUUUCUUGACUCGUUUGGAGCAUAUGUUUAGACGUUUGGAGCACUCGGGAAAUUUGCUAAAGCAUUCGACAUGGAAAAAUUUCAUGGCACAUACACCCAAACCACAUUUCGAUCUUUUGUUACUGGGCUAUCAUUUCAAUGAUCAUUUACUGGGCGUGGCCGCCCAUUUCAAGUGUCCAGUGGUUAUUAUCACGACACAGCAACCCAUUUGCCAAGUCAAUAGCCUUAUGGGCAAUCCCGAAGAACGUUGGUAUGUUCCUCAACCCUACGAUAGUCGCCAGAGAAGUGGACUUGAGGCCUGGAUAUUUGGAUGGUGGGAAAAGGGCAUUGAGCUAUUGUCUCGACGCAUUCUGGCAAGGAUAUACAGUGAAAACUUUCCCUCACCGCAAUAUCCCGAUUUUGAUACAAUGCGACGUUCGGUAGUUAUGUCUUUCAAUAAUCAUCACAUGAUCAGCGAAGGACCCAUACAACCUAUGUUGCCUACCAUGCUGGAUAUUGGUGGCAUUUUAAUAGAACAAACGCCAAAAGUGAAAUCAAAUUUCGAAUUUUCUUCAAAACGGCCGCGUAUACUCUUCAGUUUGGGCACACGUUUCAUUUGGCGUACAGCAUCGCGACAUUUCAUUGAUAAAUUUGUCGCAGCCUUUGAACAUUUCCCUGACUUUGAUAUAUAUUGGACUUACGAUGGUUCCGAUUCGCUUAACUUAACGCGAGUUCAUCCUCAUUUGAAAUUGGCUAAAUGGUGGCCUCAACGAGAAUUGUUAGCCAGCAAUCUGACACGAAUCUUCAUCACUCAUGGGGGUAAGGGUAGUAUAACAGAAUCUCUAUAUUAUGGCAAGCCGAUUCUAGGUUUACCUCUCGUAGGUGAUCAGCUUGUCAAUGCAUUAAAAGUGGUUGAAAAGAAUUGGGGUCUAAGUUUAAAUAUACACAAUUGUACCUCCUUUGACAUUAUCCAAGGCAUACAUCAGCUUCUUGAUAACUCAAUUUAUGCUAAAACCAUAGAAAAAGCCUCUCAAUUAUAUAGAGAUCGUCCACAAAAUGCCACUCAAGUCGUCAGCUUUUGGCUAGAGUAUACACUCAGACAUAAUGGAGCUAAACAUCUAUAUAAUCCAGCUAGAGAUUUAAAUUUUUGGCAAUAUUACUCAAUUGAUAUACACUUAACAAUCUACAGUUGUUUAUUUUUAUUAGUCAUGGCUUUAAUACGUUUAGAUCAAGUGAUUAAUAAAAAGCAAAUUUGUUGACUA